GAUGUUUUCUCUGGUUCCGAAUAUGAGGAAGAAAAGUCUAUCGGUGUCAUUAAGGCAGAAAUUCUCGCACAUCAGUGGAGUGGUAAGUGGUACUACCACCUCAUUUUGCUUAUUUCUGCAUUUUUAGUUGGUUAUGGGUACGGUUUGGAUGGUCUGCUUAGAUACAUCUUCACUGGUUACGCAACUGCUUCUUAUGCUGAACACUCUUUGUUGACCACCAUUGGAGUUAUCACUUCUGUGGCUGGUGCUGCUUGUCAACCUAUCUUCGCAAGGUUGUCUGAUGUUUUUGGACGUUUGGAGAUCUUCGUUUGCUGUAUUGUUCUUUACUCUGUCGGAACAAUUAUUGAGUCCCAAGCUCAUGAUGUCCAGAGAUACGCCGGUGGUUCGGUAUUAUACCAAGUUGGUUAUACUGGUGUUAUCUUGAUUGUCAUGACUAUCUUAUCUGAUUUCUCUAGUCUUAAAUGGAGAUUGUUUUACAUGCUCGUUCCUACUUUAUCUUUCAUCAUCAAUACCUGGAUCUCCGGUAAUGUGGUUGCCGCUGUUAACCCCGUUAAGCACUGGUCUUGGGGUGUUGGAAUGUGGGCAUUUAUCUUUCCAUUGACUUGUUUACCAAUGAUUGGAUGUAUGCUUCACAUGAGAAUCUUGGCAGGAAGAAGCGAAGAAUGGAAACAAUUCAAGCAAAGAAAAACCAAGUUCCAAGAAUUGGGUGCCUGGGGAUUUGUUAAGUAUUUAUUUUGGACUUUGGAUAUCAUUGGGUUGGUUUUAUUGACAGUUUGUCUUGGUUGUCUUUUAGUUCCUUUGACUUUGGCAGGAGGUGUCAAGUCUAAAUGGCAAAAUGGAAGCAUUAUUGCCCCUCUCGUUAUCGGUGCUCUCUUGAUUCCAGGUUUCGCACUCUGGGAAUCGUACGGUGCUAGAUAUCCUGUUGCACCAUUCAAGUUAUUAAAGGAUAGAGGUAUUUGGGCUGCUUUGAUCAUUUGUUUCUUGUUGAACUUCAUUUCUUCUGUGGAAAGUUCAUAUCUUUUUGCAGUCUUGAGAGUGUCAGUAAACCAGUCUGAAAGUUCUGCUACCAGAAUCACCUCCUUGAGUUCCUUUGUGUCCGUUAUUGGUGGAUUCUUUUUUGGAUUGUUUGUCGUGUACUUUAGAAGAUUGAAACUCUUCAUUAUCUACGGAUGUGCCAUGUGGAUGGUCGCAUUGGGUCUCUUGCUCCACUACAGAUCUGGUAGUAGUGCUUAUGCUGGUAUUAUUGCCGGUACUGUUCUUAUGGGUUAUGGUACAUCUUUCUUCUCAUACCCUGUGAAUGUUUCGUUGCAAUCGUGUACCAAUCACGAACACAUGGCAGUUAUUAUCUCUUUGGGUCUUACUGUCUACCGUAUUGGAUCUGCUGUUGGUUCCGCUGUUGCUGGUGCUCUUUGGACGCAAUCGUUGUUCUCAAAGUUGCAAGAGAAGCUUGGCUCUACCACCUUGGCUACUGCAGCAUACAGCAACCCUUAUAAGUUCAUUUUGGACUAUGCUUGGGAUACGGUUGAAAGACAACAAAUGGUUUCUGCAUACAGAGAAUUGCAAAAGAUCUUGAUGACUGUGUCCUUGUGCUUCUGUGUUCCUAUGUUGAUUGCUGGUUUCUUCUUAAGAGACCAUGAAUUGAACAACGAACAGAGUCAUGUCGAAGUCCUUGCAAAGGAGUCAAAUGCUUCAUUGUUGGGAUUCUUCUCCGGCUCU